AUGGUGAAAGGCAACCAAUUGCAGAUUAUUCCAACCAACACAACGUUUGUAAAUGGUGGUAACAAUACACUCACGGAAAACACCGAGAAUGCACAAUCAAUUCAGUUGCCCGUCAGCAUUGCAUGUCUGGCAUCUGAGACACCCGUUUUGCACUAUCAACCAUUAGUGGGAUCAGCAAUUAAAGAUGAAACCGAAUUGUCAGAAGUGAUUGGAGAUUUGGUGAUCAGCGAGGCUGGAUUCAGAAGUAUGAACAGUCCUGUGUGGUUUGAUUACAGUUCAUCGGUGAGCAUUUACAGUUACAUAGCUGACCUGCUACAACGUGGCAACGACCGUUUGAGGAGAUGCUUAUAUGAGGGUAUUUUCUCGAGUCAGAUCUUCAAAGUUGCUUGUAAUCACUUUCUUGGAAAUCAAGUCAUUCUGCUUAUGGUCAGCAGAUCACGAACAUCACUCGAGCAGCAGUACAUUGUGACAGCGUUAAGCGGUCAGAUGGUGGAGUUGUCGUGUGCGCGAUACGCAACGAGAAUCGUGCAAGAAGUACUGCAAAAGUUCGAUAUGCCCACAUGCGGGGGUUUGAUUAGCGAGCUGAAACAAAACGCACACAUGUUAAUUACUCACAAUUAUGGAAGUCACGUAUUUGAGGUUAUAUUCGGUCGUAUGCGUCCAUUGAACUAUGGAUUUAUAAUCGAUGAAAUCACAGAAACGAACGCAAUCACUGGAAAUGUUGUGUGUGAUAAGCAUGGUUGUAGAAUCCUCGAGAUUUCCAUCCAGGUGCUCGUCAGUGAGGUACGACAAUGGGAUUCGAGUGUAGCGGCGGAAUUUUUGAAGAAGUUGAUCGAUUGCAUAGUGGAUAUAUGUGAUGUGGACGUGGUGGCGAAUGAAUACGGCAAUUUUGUGGUGCAAAGGAUUAUCGCAAUUCAAUAUUUGAGUGAAUUCGCUGAUAGAAUCAUCAAAAAUGCUAUCAGUGGUAAUGUGUUGGUGUUAUCACAAAAGAAACACGGAUCGCAUGUGAUCCAGACUGCACUUCGUUAUGCCACACCGAAAAGUUUGUACUUGAUGAUGUGUGAGAUAUUCGAUGGAUAUGAUAUCGAUAGAUCAGGCAAAGACGCGUUGGACGUGUUAAUGUUGGACGUGUAUGGGAAUUAUGUGGUGCAAACAAUGUUGGGGGUUGCGAUCGACGUGAAAGAUGGCAAACGCGAUGGUUUAGUGGAGUGGUUCGAACGAUUGGCAGGACGCUUGCUGAGAGCCAGAAGUACCAUCAUCAACUAUUCGUCUGGCAAGAAACUGAUCGGUACUCUGAAUGAGAUUUUAUUAGCAUCAGUUAAUGAAAAUUCACCAGAACUGCAAAUGCUCGCAACUGUUAAUAAUAACAAUCCACGAAUGUUACGAAACGUAUAG